UGCUGAGGGCUUCAAAUUUGUGCUAGUUGAGGAAUGUCCUGUUAAGUUGGAUGAACCCACUGAUGAUGAGAUUAAAGCCUACGAUAAGUGGGUCAAGGCUGAUGAGAUGACGGCCAUAAAAGCUCUUUUGACCACAAAAAUGGUUGAAGGAACUUCGGUAAGGGAAUAUGUUCUCAAAAUGUUGAGUCUAUUGAAUGAGUUGGAAAUUCUUGGUGCGGUUAUUGAUAAGGAGUCUCAGGUUGAGAUGGUCCUACAGAUACUGCCAGAUAGUUUUCAGCAGCUUCGCUUGAAUUAUAACAUAAAUAAAAUAAACUUAUCUCUUGCGAAACUGUUGAAUGAGCUACAAGCGAAAGAAUCUAUCAUUAAGUAA